ACACAUCCACAAUCCUUAUAGUCCCUUAUCUCCACCAACUCCAGCUCUCUUCCAAGCUAUAGUUUGAACUUCGAAUUAUGGCUAGCAAUUUAUGUAUCACUCUCACUCAAUCUUCUUAUACCUUUUCACCAAAGCUUUAUUCAUCAAAAUCCAUUCUUCAAAAAUCACAUAGAAUCUCUGUUGUCCCAUUUCUCAAAUUUCAAGAUUCAGUUCCUAAUAAAGUUUCUACCAGGGGGUUCACUACUAUAUGCUUUUCUAGUCCAAGAAAUGGUCCUGAUAAUAAAGGAAGUGGACCUGACUGGCCAAUUUUUAGACGCUGGGACGUGCCAUGGAAUUGGCAAACUGUUUCACUUUCUUCGCUUGCGUGUGGAUUGAGUUUUGUUUUGACAGGACUAAUAGAGGCAGCAUCAAUACCAUAUGCAGGACUUGAUGUAGAAGCUUUGAGCUUGGAUGAGAAGGCUGAAAUCUUGUUCGCCGAUCAAGCUAUAACAACUGCAGUUGUGCUAAUAGUCCUUUAUACUCUCACCAAGUCAUCUCAACCACUCCCUGAUGACAUAUAUCGCUAUGAUCUGAAGGAACCUUUCAAUCUCCAGCGAGGAUGGCUUUUGUGGGCUGGAAUUGGUCUAGUGGGAGCAAUAGGUGCCAUUGCUUUAACAGGAGUGGCAAUGUCGACUUUCAACGGUGAUCCGCCACAAAGAGAGACUGAUGCUCUUGCCCGAUUACUUCCAUUGAUAGGCUCCUCAAGUAUCAGCACUGUUUCUCUGCUGGGCAUUACCGGUGUACUUGCUCCAAUUCUUGAGGAGACUGUUUUUAGAGGAUUUUUUAUGGUCUCUCUGACCAAGUGGUUACCUACACCGCUUGCAGCGGUUAUUAGUGGUGCUGUAUUUGCUCUUGCACAUCUCACUCCUGGACAAUUCCCUCAGCUGUUUGUUCUUGGGACUUUUCUGGGAUUUUCUUAUGCUCAAACAAGGAACCUCCUAACUCCCAUCACAAUUCAUGCUUUCUGGAACUCUGGUGUUAUUUUGCUUCUGACCUUUCUUCAGCUCCAAGGGUAUGAUAUCAGGGAAAUAAUACAAUGAACUUAACCGAGGCAUCGUUCUCUGGACAAGACCAAUUAACAAUUCUCACUCAUCUUCAUUAGCUUGUUCGCAGUAGCUGAACAUACGGAGGAAUCUGGUUAUAUUUUGUGUAAUUUAGGCCAAAUGCUAGUUGGAGCUUGUAUGGAAUGUGAGAAGUUAUUAUCUAUUUUUACCAAUGCCAAGUUGCUUAAUUUACUGGAAGAGCUAAUGAUACUCUUUCCCCCUGAAAAAGCAGGGUAAGAAUCCACAAGGAAGCCUCUGCUUCAUUUCUCAAUAAUGUAAAAUAUACUGUAUUAUUCAUAGGUUUUGAGUACACAGUUUUCCUUUAAUGUA